UAUGUCAAAAUCGGGGAAAAUCGACGGUCACGCGUCUCUCUCGCUUCUUCGAUGCCGCUCCAACGUUGUCCUCCUCUAAUCGUCAAGUCAAAAUUUCUCCUCGCUGGUCUCCGUGCUGUCAAUUUUCGGAUCAGACGAUGCUUCCUCGAGAUCAGCGGUACUCUGGGUGAUGUUUUGUGACGUCACGAGUGGAACGCGAGGAUCAAGCAAGACAUCGAGGACGUGGUGAAAGAGUGGGGUGAAAUCCCGAUGUCUAGGAAAAGCGCGCGGGCGAGAUGUCCUUCCUUCGUGGAUCCGCCAACUACGUCUGGUGCACCACCAGCGUGCUCGGCAAGGGUGCGACCGGCGCGGUAUUCCAGGGCGUCAACAAAAACAAUGGAGAGCCGGUCGCGGUGAAGACCUUCAAUCAGCUGAGUCACAUGCGACCGCAUGACGUGCAGGUGCGAGAGUUCGAGGUCCUGAAGAAGGUCAAGCAUGAGAACAUUGUCAAGCUGUUAGCAAUCGAGGAGGAGCAGGAUGGCAGGGGCAAAGUCAUUGUCAUGGAGCUCUGCACCGGUGGCAGCCUCUUCAACAUCCUGGACGAUCCGGAGAACACGUACGGCCUCGCCGAGAGCGAGUUUCUCUUGGUGCUGGAACACUUGUCGGCGGGCAUGAAGCACUUGCGUGACAAUAAUCUAGUUCACCGAGACUUAAAACCAGGUAACAUAAUGAAAUUCAUCGCUGAUGAUGGCAGUACGAUAUAUAAGCUUACUGAUUUCGGGGCCGCGCGAGAAUUGCAAGAGGAUCAACAGUUUGUUUCACUAUAUGGUACUGAGGAAUACUUGCAUCCGGACAUGUAUGAGCGCGCGGUCCUGAGAAAGCCCGUUGGCAAAACCUUCGGCGCGACCGUAGAUUUAUGGUCCAUAGGUGUGACUCUCUAUCAUGUUGCAACGGGGAAUCUGCCAUUUAGGCCAUUUGGUGGGCGAAGGAACAAGGAGACCAUGUUUUACAUCACCACGAAGAAAGCGUCGGGUGUGAUAUCCGGAUUGCAAACUUCGGAGAACGGACCAAUUGAGUGGGGCAGAGAAUUGCCACAGACCUGCCAGUUAAGCACGGGUCUGAAGAAAAUAGUCACUCCACUAUUGGCCGGCUUGUUGGAGGUAGAUCCGCAAAGAAUUUGGAGUUUCGAGCGAUUCUUUUGUGAGGUCACGGACACGCUUUGCAGGAAACCCGUUCACAUAUUCAACGUUCACAGAGCCAGUCUGAUCAAGGUUUUCUUACAUCCGGAGGAAAAGCUGGUCGCUUUGCAGAUACAUAUUCAAGACCAGACAGAGAUCGUGCCCAACGCGCAAAUCCUUCUUCUCGGGGAAAUUCCGCUCACGAAUCUCGUAGAGGAAUCGACGCCGGGCAAAGGAUAUCCCAAUACCAGUAACGAUAAGCCGUUGAUGCUGUUCUCGCGGGAAAACAACAAUGUCGUAUUGCCGCAGGAAACUGAACUGCCCAAAUUUCCCGUUUUUGCGAAUCUCGUGUCCGUGGAGAAUGACGCGAAUCAAGCUAAGAUCGCGUGUUCCGUGGGACACGUUUGUAAACGUAGAAUCGAUAAAUUGGCCCUGUGCAGCAAGCUUUCGCGGGACGCUAUAGAUGCGUUUAGUGGGCUUCUGUCUACAGAGCUUACUCGAGUAUUAGGGAAGUGUCAGCACUCGAAGGAAUUUACAAAAGCCGUGGAGGACACUGUACUGGCAAUAGAGAGGAGUGAGACUUUUGCCAAGCACGUAUUCCGAAAAUUUGGCGGUCAAAUCGCAAUGGAAGUUAAAAGCUGGCGAAAAGAAUUGGAUUUGAAGAGCAAAGAACUUACGAGCGAACUGACUCCAGCAAUAGUGCAACUUCAUCAAAGGUAUGUAAAAGAGGGUAGUUUAUGCGGAGAAUGGGACAAUAGUACUCGCGGUUUGUGGUGCCCAUGGGCCACAAAAGCGAGCCAAAGGGCAGCAACGUUAGUCGAUCGCUUGAGGGACGGAUGGCAACAUUUGCUAAGAGACAGAGCUACUCGUAGUCUCACUUAUAAUGACGAACAGUUCCAUGUUCUUGAACGUAUAAAGGUCACAGAAACAGGACGUCGAUUGAAAGCGCUUCUCGAAACAGAAUGUAUACCGGCAAUGACGCAACGGUCCGAGUGCGUCGCCGACUGGUAUAAAAUGGCACAAACGGUGUUCCUGCAAACUCAAAUAUUGGACAAAGACAUAGAGAAUUAUGAGCGCGUGCUGGAAUCGUUCUCCUAUCGUUUAUCGCAAGAAAGCAAGGAGCGUAACGAGAAUCUUUUGCACUCGUUGGAUAGGCUUCCUGGCAAAUCAAAAACGAUCGAGAAAACGAGCGUGCCAGCACAAGAGAGCACGAAAAAAUGGCGCAACAUUUGCGAUACGCAAGAACAAAUCACGGUGCUCCUUUAUGAAAAUGGUCUGCUUAUAGAUCAGCUUGAUCAUUUAUCAGCGAUUGAUAGACUGGAAGACAUAGGCGACGCGGGAUACGAGCUUUAAUAUGUGCCACUUUGUCAUUCCUCUAUCAAUCUAAUUACGAGUCAAAGACUGAAAUUUGGAAUGUAUAUAUUAGAAUCCCAGUGUAUGAUUAGUGAUGUACAGACUGUUAAAG